CCGGAAGCGACCGGAUGCGGCCUCUCGCCCCAGGGCCCCAGCGCGGCCGGGAUGUUCGUCCUGGUGGAGAUGGUGGACACCGUGCGGAUCCCGCCCUGGCAGUUCGAGAGGAAGCUCAAUGACUCCAUUGCCGAGGAGCUGAACAAGAAGCUGGCCAACAAGGUCGUUUACAGCGUGGGGCUCUGCAUCUGCCUGUUUGACAUCACCAAGCUGGAGGAUGCCUAUGUGUUUCCAGGGGAUGGCGCAUCACACACCAAAGUCCACUUCCGCUACGUGGUCUUCCAUCCCUUCCUGGACGAGAUUCUGAUCGGCAAGAUUAAAGGCUGCAGCCCGGAGGGAGUGCACGUCUCUCUAGGGUUCUUCGACGACAUUCUCAUCCCCCCGGAGUCCCUGCAGCAGCCGGCCAAGUUCGACGAGGCGGAGCAGGUGUGGGUGUGGGAGUACGAGACGGAGGAGGGCGCGCACGACCUGUACAUGGACACUGGUGAGGAGAUCCGCUUCCGGGUGGUGGACGAGAGCUUUGUGGACACGUCCCCCACUGGGCCCAGCUCGGCCGAGGCCGCCUCCUCCAGUGACGAGCCGCCAAAGAAGGAGGCUCCGUACACGCUCGUGGGGUCCAUCAGCGAGCCGGGGCUGGGCCUCCUCUCCUGGUGGACCAGCAGCUAGCCCUGCUGGACAUCGGCCCGGCCCGCGGCUGCCUCCGGCGACAGCGAGAGCAACUGUCACGGCUGCAGACACCGAGAGGAGCCGAGCGCCGCAGGGAGCUGGGGGUGGGGGGUGCCCAGGAGAGGCCCCGGCUUGUUGCCACCCUGGGCCUGCAUCCUCUGCACUUGCGACUCGGCGACAGCGGACACGUAAUAAACGGCAGCAUCCGCUGGGAGGAGCCACCUGGUCUGGACCGCCAUUGUCGUGAUCUGAGGUCACCGAGUGGCCACAGCUCGUCUUUUCUCACCCCACAUCACUUGUGGAGAUGACACCCCCCCCAACUGGCAGGAUUGGGGGUCAAGAGAUCUGGGCUUCGAGGCUGGGCUCUGGGCUGGCCGAGCUUGGUGGCACCAUCGUGAGGCCGGUGCCGUGGGCCCUGCGAGCAGCCAGCUAGAGUCUGACCUUGAAGGAACCAUCACCUUCCUUCCUGGGUGCAAGUGGGGUACAGGGGCAGGGGAGCAGGACCAGGUGGCUGGCCUGAGCCAGACCAGCUCCACCCUCAGAGAAGUAGAGGCUUUGCCGGUUGCAGGUGAGGGCUGGUGCCAGCUGCGACCUUGGGCAGGGCACCCGUCCCUACCCUGAAGGUUCUGGAGGCUAACUCAAUCCCUGGGGGACGGCCUGGCCCCCGGGGAAGCAACCCAACCAUGGGGGUGGGCAGGGAGGACCCGGAGUGUCCAGAGGUGUGGUCGCCCCCUCCGCCAGACACGCCCCGAGCCCCGGGCCGAGGACAGCGCAGACACAACUCACAACGUUCAACUGGUUUGGGGUCUUAUUUUCCUGGAAGAGCAAAGGUUCUCUAAAAUCCUUCAGCCACAAGUGAAAUGAUCAGACAGGAGGAAACUUUGGAUGGGAGUCUCGUCAUCAAAAAUAAAUAGUGGCGUGGCGCUGCCCGCGAUCCGAGCCGACUAGGACGACGGCGGGGCCCGCGACAUUCU